GUGUUUGAACCAAUAGAAAGCUGGUGCUCAGAGGAAGAGGGCGGGCUUUACUUGGUGUCAGUGACAGAAAUGGAAAAAAAGCUCAAAUGAGUGAGAAGGACGAUGAAGGAAACAUCUGUGCUGUGUCUGCUCUUUCUGAUCUCACUGCUGAGCUGCACAACAAACCAAGCUCGUCUGACUGUGAGUCCCAGCAGCUCUCAGUUCUUUAUAAGAGACUUUGUGUCUCUGAGCUGUGAGGAGGACGACAGCUCUGCUGGAUGGACUCUGAGGAGAAACACAACUGAAGAACAGAGGACUCAGUGUGGAGAUGGGUGGGGAAAACCAGCUGGUUCUUCCUGUAACAUCAGCUACAUCUUCACUUUGGACAGUGGAGUUUACUGGUGUGAGUCCAGAGAGGGUCCCAUCAGUAACAUGGUUAACCUGACAGUCACUGGUGGAUCAGUGAUCCUGCAGAGUCCUGUCCUCCCUGUGAUGGAGGGAGAUGACGUCACUCUGCUCUGUGAAACAAAGACCACUCCCUCCAACCUCCCAGCUGCUUUCUAUAAAGAUGGCUCCCUCAUCAGGAAGCAGCCUACAGGUCACAUGACCAUCCAGCAUGUUUCCAGGUCUGAUGAAGGCCUCUACAAGUGUGACAUCAGCGGUCAUGGAGAGUCUCCAUCCAGCUGGAUCACUGUCACAGGGGAACACACCACCACACCUCCACCUGUUCUCUCUGUGUUGUCAUGUGUUGGAUCAGUCUGUGUUGUGGUUCUACUGGUGUUACUGGUCCUGAUGGUAAGACGAUGUGUUCACAGGAAACCAGAAGACAGUGAUCCAGCUGCUGUUUACUCAGCAGUGAGAACUGAAGACGUCACUUAUGGACAAAUUAUCAUCGAAAACGAGAAGAAGAAAUCAAAGAUUAAAGGGUCGCGGGAGCCUAUCCCAGCUGUCAUGGGGGGAGAGGCAGGGUGCAACCUGGACAGGUCGCCAGGGCUAACACAGAGAGACAGACAACCAUUCGCGCUCACAUUCACUCCUGAGUUCACACCUAUGGGCAAUUUAGACUGA